CCUACAGAACUCCUCACAAGUACAACCACUUAGCAAGUCCAUCCAUCUCAUCAUCUACAUCUGAGCUCAGCACUACUACUAUUGCUAGCUUGAUCAAGAUGGCCCGUGCUGCAGCUGCUCAACUCGUGUUGUUCACCCUCGUGGCAGCAAUGGUCCUCACAGCCACAGACGCUGCAAUCUCCUGUGGCCAGGUGAGCUCUGCCUUGAGCCCCUGCAUCUCCUAUGCACGCGGCAGCGGCUCCAGCCCACCUGCGGCCUGCUGCAGUGGUGUCAGGAGUCUGGCCGGCGCAGCGCGGAGCACCGCUGACAAGCAAGCGGCGUGCAAGUGCAUUAAGAGUGCUGCUGGUGGGCUCAAUGCUGGAAAGGCCGCUGGCAUCCCCUCCAAGUGCGGCGUCAGCAUCCCCUACGCCAUUAGCUCAUCCGUGGACUGCUCUAAGAUUCGCUGAUCAACCACUGGCCACCAUGGUCGCCGCCUAUAGUGCCAUCCAUCGACACUAACUAUGUUCGGGUCACACACACACACACACACACACAGAUAUACGAAUAAAUGCUGUUCAUGUGAGACAGAGAGGAGUAUGUAUGUCGAGCCAGUUCUGCAUGGCCGGUCACACUAUUGUAUCGAUGUUUGGUUGUUACUUCUCUCCCGUUGAGGAGAUACAUGUGGUUGUUGUACUUUGUACCAUGUGCACUUCUGAUUUAUGGAUCAUAUAUUCAGCAGUA